AUUAAGUAAAAGUUGGUAAGAGGAUACAACGGCGGGCAAAGUUCAAAUUUUUACAGAAAAGCAUAAAUUCUCCACACUCCCUUUGCAGCUUCAAAUUCAGCAUCGGAGAUCUGCUUUCUCGCUUCUCAAGCUUCGUGAUUGAAUUUGAUUGAUCCACUUCCCCUUACCCUUUAGAAUGGAAUCCUUACCAGAAGCUGUAGUCCAAUACAUUUUACUAAACAUGAACAAUGCUAAAGAUGUGGCAUCUUGUAACUGUGUCUCCAGAAAGUUUAAAGACUCCAUGCCUUACAUUAAAAGCCUUUACUUCCCUCGUAGCAUCUUUGACAACUUAAAAGACGGUCAUACCCCUGACUGCAUUAUCUUAGAGAUAGUCUCAUCAAUUUUCCAACUUGAAGAGCUUGUAGUUUACUGCCCAUUCACCAGCACAGGGCUGACCUCAUGGCUCUCACUUGUGGGACCCACCCUAAAGAAUCUUGAACUCCGAAUGGAUAAUCUUGCUGAUCAAAACACAGACAGUAUGUCUAAACUUGAAUGCAUUCAAUUUGCUAAAAAUCUCGAGUCUUUAAGACUUUGGGGUGUGCUAAUGGUUCGUGCUCCAAAAUGGGAUGUGUUUCAAAAAAUGAAGAAUCUUGAAAUUGUUGGAGCAAAAUUGGAGGACUCAGCUUUGACUGAGGCUUUGAGAGCAACUCCUAAUUUGACAAAUCUUGUGCUUCUUGGUUGUGAGGGUUUGAGGACUGUUUGGAUUGAGCUUCUUCAACUUGAGCAUUGUAAACUUGAUUUUUAUGGAUCAGGUAGCUGCUCACUUACACUUUCAGCUCCAAAGAUUGAAUAUCUUGAAGUUCAAGGGUGUAGUUGGAUUAGAGUUCGUGACACCAAUUGCUUGAAGAAUCUCUCCAUUUCAAACAAUGCUGGGAGGGUUUACAUGGUGGACUUUGGUAGUAAGCUCAUGGGGCUUGAAUCGUUAUGCAUUAGAGGUGUUCAAUGGUGUUGGGAUGCAAUAAACAAAAUUCUUCAACUUGCAAGUGAAGUAAAACAUCUGUAUAUGAAAGUUGAAUUCACUGGAGAUUUUGAAGCUCUUCUUCCCUUUCCAGAAAUUGACUUUGUUGACUUUUUCAAAAGUCAUCCAAAGCUUAAAACAUUCGACAUCCAUGGAGCAAUGUUUGCUGCUCUAUGCCAAAAGAACAGUCUAAAGAAUGUGGAUUCAAGCUUCAUGAUUCCUUGUCUUGAAGAGGUAGUGAUCACUGUGAGAUCACCAUUGAAUGCUGAGCAGAAAAUGAGCACACUUGAGUCUUUGGUGAAGUUUGGGAAGAAUUUAAAGAAGAUGAAGAUAAGGAUUCUUAGGAUGAAAAGUGGUCAUAGCAGUGCUGAUGAUUUUUUUGAGGAGAUAUGCAGGUUUAGAUACAUGAAUCACAACCUAAUCUCAAUUGAAUAAAACCCAUAAUCAGAUAUUAUAAUUGUUGUUUAAGGAUUAUGAUGUUAACAUUCUUUUUAAAACGACAUAAUUCAUUUCUGUAUGUGGUUUCAAGUGCUUCUUUGUUUUGACAACCAUUGAUUAAUGCAAAGAAC